GGUUUUUGUAUUUUUAUGUUCUUAAGUUUUGUUUUGUUUUUAUUGAAUUAUAAAGGGGACAAGCUCUAGUGUUCAUUUGAAGUGUAUUGGUCUGAGGCUCGAAUCCCUUCGGUGAACACAAUGCCUUUAUCUCGUCCCAAUCAUUAAAGGCUGUGGAGUGUGCUGCCAUAUCUAUGAGAAAGUGCAUAUAAAAUAGCAUGCUUCUAAUGGGAAAAUGUAGUGGGUUUGCUCUUAAGACUAUAUUUCAUAUUAUGAAAUGUUUGACAUCUAACAUUCGUUAAUCAACGUGCUCAAGAGGUGUCGUUGAACAAAACAAACUUUACUUCACAGCAUGGAAAUCAGUUUUCUGUGAUAACAGCGCUAUUUAUGUACAGCACAGCUGACUGGUCCCACGCUUGUCAGAAAAUAAACCUAUAUUGCAGGUGUGCCCGAUCGAUACUGUCACGCCAUCUGUUAUAUCAAAGUCCCUGGUAUGUCUGUUAGUCUUGACACAAAUAUCAGGUCAUCCACAAGCUGAAUAAUGUUUGCGAGUUGUUCUACAAUCAGUUAAUUGACAUAAUAUCGGUAAUGAUGACGAUGUAAUCGAAUCGACAUCACUGGUUCUGGAAUUGAUUAAAUCCCAGUCGAAAACGCCUAGCAACGCAGAAGAACAUAUUGAGAAAACCUCCGCUGCAGUUUUGAAUUGAUGGGAAUAAUCAAUCGGUGACACACCUAUGGCAGAUGAUACUGAACUCGGAUAGUUUGUUGCAACUGUGUGUGGUUUAAGUCGGUCGUUGUGGCCAUCACGUCGUCGACAGGGGGGCGGUACAUUUGGCAGACGCUGCUCGUAACGUGCGCCAUGUUGACAUUUCACCUGGUCUUUGGAUCCAAAACUCACCUGGAUUAAAAACGGAACUGUGAAUCUAUUUCUAAGUCUAGCACAAACACAGUAACACUAGGAAGAACUGCUUAGCGCGUUGUGUAUGUAAUCAGUAAGGAUGUUCACGAUUUACUCGUAAACAUAGAAAGAAACCACAAACGGACUUCCUAUGGCGGACAGGUUUUCUACAUCGUUGACAAAAUAUAUUAUUAAGUAGUAUUACAUGAUUCUGACUUAUAUGGAAUUUUAUAUAUUUCGUGAAACUGAUUAUGGGUUAGCCGACCUAGAAGAGUGUAUCCAUGUAACAUAUAUAUUAACUGUUUGUGACAAGUAUUCCACAUAUGGGAGGCUGCCUAACGAAGUCUAGUUUUACGGUGAAUAGUAACGUCACAGAGACAAAAUCAAUCAGGACCUACCCGAUCAUGUUCAGUGUCAAUGACGCGGAAAUGGUGUUGCGUGACGCGUCUCUUGGCACCUAUAUUCUCUACAAGGAUUGGCAGUCCAACAAGAUAUUCCUCUCCGUUAGGAUUGACAACUGCGUACGACACCAUCGGAUUCUGCAGGUUGACAAACUGUUUUAUUUGGAGAAGCAACCAUACCCAUACCUCGAUUCCAUCCUCUUCUAUCACAGAAAACACAAGCUAAAGGGCGUCAAGUUAAAACAGCAGGCUCAACUGAGUGCACGCGUUGUCAAGGCAUUCACAGUGAAAGUUACCGCGAAUAACGGCAACAUAACGAAUUUUGGCCAGUUGAAUAUUCCACACAAACUCAACAAUGGUGGCAUAUGGAAGUGUGGUUCCAUGGAUUCUUUAGUGACGUCAUCAUCCGGAGCGUCUUCGUGACAUGACGAUCGCUUCGUGAUUUGCUGAUCAAGGACCAAGGAAGUGUUUCCUAAUAUUAAAACUAUCUUUGUUGGGUUGGAGCUCCACGAUAAAGGUUUUUUUUUUAUAAAUCGGUUGCUGUAGUGAUUUCACAGUGACCUUGUACACAGCCGUUUUUAACAGGUGUGAUUUUUUAUUUCUGUAAAAAUGGAAUUGGUUCUGCACUUGUACUCUUGCACUGAAGAUGUAAAGACAACAGUGAAAUUCUGAUGACCGAUAAUAGCUUAGCUUGGUAUGAAAGGUCGAUUCCUUGUGCAGACCAUUCUUAUGGCAUUGAAUAUAUCGAACGGAGAUGUAAUAAUUGUUGGUACUAUUUAAAACAUGAUGUGUAUUUUUCUCGGGAUGUACGAAUCGAACCAAUCGCUUGUGGUACAAAGUUUGACCCUUAUGUCUGCUUUGUAGGCCCUGUUGAGAUUUGCGGAACGAAGCCAUAAUAAUAACUAUUAAUUGAACAAAAGAACUACCAUAGCCUCUAUUAGAAAUUCGCGAGAACAAAUAGGCAGAGUUACAUCCCCUAACCACUAACUACUUCCGGCGCGUGCCGGUUACAGUUAGAAUGGCCGAUGACCACAGUUGUUUGUGAAUCUUCAGCUGAGAUUUAUGCAUGCCAGUCCCUGACAUCAUAAAUGUCCCCACCUAUGCUUUAAAAAUAAAGAAUGAUACAGGUAAAAAUUAA